AUGCCCACCAACAUCAACGACAGGCCUAGCCUGAAAUCAUGUAGUUCCCUUUCCCAGGCCCAGUUGGAUUGCGCUCAUGAGACCCCAGAAUUACCGUUUGAUACCUCAUGCGAGGAAUCCCUUCUUUGUACAGAGCAAGCGAACUCGGUAUCGGACUCUGGCUCGGACUCAGAAUCCGACCGCGGGCUUGACUCACAUUCGGAGUACGGCUCGCAUUCAGAUACAGCACCUACAGUCAUCGAUCAUGGUGUUAACCAUACCGUCGUUGAUCUUGAAAACCAAUGCUUGCAGUCGGGCGAUAUAGCUAAUGAAGAUAAGAAGGCUGAUCAGCAAGCGUCUUCUACGCCUUGGAAGCAUUUUGAGGACAGCCACCCAUACGUUGCGCCCAAACUUAACCGGUGGACCACGCUUUUUACCUGGUUUACGCCUUACAGGCAGUUGUUCGUCUUGAUAUUCGGUAUAAAUCUGAUCGGGGUAAUUAUGGUGCUAUCGGGUCAUUGGGGGUGGGGGAAGAAUCACGCAACACCGUUAGUGGUAGGGAAUAUUCUGAUAGCCAUUGCCAUACGCAGCGAAUGGGUUCUUCGCUUUCUCUAUUGGGUGGCUGUCAAAACGUUUCGUCCAAGCUUAUAUCCUCUAUGGCUUCGAGUUAAAGUUGUUGGGAUUCUUUAUCACAUUGGUGGAGUGCAUAGCGGAUGCGGGCUGUCUGCCUUGCUUUGGCUUGCUGUAGCUUCCAGCGAUCAGUUCCAACACGCAAAUCUGCACCCUACCAGUUCUUUAGUUGCCCUUGGCAUCUGUCUGGCCUGCGUCACCCUCACCUGCUUGUCUGCUUUCCCUGUUGUUCGUGGACGUUUUCACAAUUGGUUCGAAAUUAUCCAUCGUUUCGUGGGCUGGAUCGGAAUCGUUUCCACUGUGUUCUAUGUUGUCUUAGAAUCCAUGUGGGACGUAGGGGAACAGCGUUGGGACCCGAGAGCCUCCAAACUGAUAAUAAAACCCGAGCUAUGGUUUUUGGUCACAAUUCUGAUAACGAUUGGUUUCUCGUGGAUCACAAUUGCGAAAGUUCCUGUCACAGUUUAUACGAGUUCAGACAAAGCAUCAGUCAUAAGAGUCCCCGGGGGCUUGACUUCUGGAUUGCAUACACGGAUAUCAGUAGGUGGUUUGCGCGAAUGGCACAUAUUUGGGUCGAUCAGCGAGGGAAAAAAUGCCGAGUACCAUUAUAUUGUAGCCGCCGUACAAGGAGAAUUCACAAAAAUGUUGAACGUCGACAAGCCGGUUACGCUAUAUACAAAACGAUGGAAGCCGUGCGGUCUUCCCUACUUCUCUCGACUUUUCAAGCGUGGACUUGCCAUGUGCACAGGCUCUGGGAUCGGAGCAGUCGCUUCGACAUGCAUCCAACAUGAAUCUUGGUUCCUGAUCUGGAUUGGUCCCAAUUUGGAAAAAACCUACGGCAAGGAAAUCAUGCAACUCAUAUGCGACCGAAUCCCAGAGCACCGCCGGUUGAUAUGGGAUACACGGGGACCAUUGGGACGACCCGAUGUUGUUCGGCUCCUACACAAUACUCACCUAUAUUGGGAAGCUGAAGUGACGUUGUUCGUCGGCAGUCCGGAAAUGAACAACAAUGUUCUCCAGAGCUGUCGGGCACUGAAAACACCGGUCUUUGGCUCUAUCUGGGACGCAUGA